AGAAUAGAUCUGUAGAAUAGAAUAACUCGAUUGAUUGAAUUACGUAAACAUAUAUAAUAAUUCUGAAAGUACAAAUUUUCAUUAUGCUCGACAGCUGUAUAUUUGCAUUUGACUAAAACUAAAAAUAUCACGUCUAAUACAAAUCAUAUAUGUCAUUGUAGAGUACCGUCUUCUAGAGUUCCUUGUUCUAAUUUCAUAACAUUAUACGCCAUCAAGUAACUCCCAUGGUCGAGAGCCACACAUGUCGUCACUGGAGUUACAGGUGCGAUUUCCGUUUUUCAUCGAAGAAAAUUUCACUGACUCGCAUUGGUACCUCAAGCACAUUCAAGCGUGAUAUCUGGCAUAAAAAUCUACUCAGUCGAGAUUGGAAAAUGAUGCAAAACUGUGUUGAGACGACGAAGUUGUCACGAGAAUCAACUCUCCAUCGACUGCUAUGGCUCCAAAACCCAUGCCGGUAGCUCCGCAAGAGGAAACGCUUCCGCUGAAGGUAGCUCCCUGGGAUCCACGCUUCCCCAAUCAAAAUCAGACCAAAUACUGCUACCAAAGCUAUCUGGAUUUCCAUCGUUGCGAGAAAAUCAAGGGUGAGGGUGACAGCGUGUGCAAAUACUUCAAGGAUGUGUUCGCCGACAUUUGCCCGAAUGGCUGGGUUGAGAGGUGGGACAGCCAGCGCGCGGAGGGUACGUUCGCCGGCAAGAUCUAAGGAUCUCAGUGGGUGAAACAAACAAGUCAAGUAUGAGUAUUUUGAAUAGAAAAGGGGGUAACUGUUAUGUUA